GCCCAGGUGGCGAUCGACUUCUUCGACGACAAGAACGGCUUCGACUCCCACGUCCACGUCCUCCUCGUGUUGGCGGGCGCUGACGAGAGGACCCGGGUCACCCCAGACCACAGUGUGCAGUUCGGGGACCUCCCAGCGCGCCGCGCCAUGCUGCUCCCGAGGAUUGUGCCAUGCCCUCGGCGUUUGGUGGGUCAGCCGUAUGUUUUCGACCCUUCCCAGGAGGGCGAGCUCGAGGCCAUCCGGAAGCAGGCGGCGGUGUUGGCAGCGGCGCUGGGCAUCGAGGUGCCUCGAGGCGCAGCGAUUGCUCCGCCUCGCUGGGUGGUCGCCGACCCUGUCCACCUGCAAUUCGGGCAGGUCCUCGGCGCAGCAACCAGCGGCUCUGGGGACCGCUUCAUCCGGCAGGGGGCGGUGGCGCUGGCCAUAUUGGAUGCCGACGACGACGAAGAAAUCUUCGCGGUCUGCGAGAAUGCAGCAGUGGCUAGACAAGAAGCACUCAGGGCCCAGGCGGGGCCCACGGGUGCGUCUUGUCCGGCAGGUUGGUCCAGGCGGGCCAUCGAGUCGCAUCGUCCGCAGACCGCCGACGACUGGGUGUUCCGCGUGCCGGAAUCGUUGCCGGAAUUUCAGACCAGCGCGCGGGCCUCGGGCCUGGGCUUCGCUGGCCACGCGAACCACUACAUCACGAGCGGCGGGAUCCCGCCCGGCAGCGCGGCGGCCCGCGAGAUUCGGUCCCGGCUCGAGGCGCUGCGGCAUUUCAUCGAGCACGACAGAAGGAUCGCGCAGAUGCAGCGGGCCAUUCGCGGGAAUCCGAAGUGCCGCGGCUACUCUGGCCCGGAGGACACGCUGGCCUCAGCCUUAGACGAGGCGGGAGGGGUGAUCACCAGCCGGUUCGACGAGUGGGUCGCGCAGGAGCAGACGACAAAGGCGGUCAUGAUGAAGGACACAGGGCUCUACGCAGAGUUUUGUUUCGAAGGUUUCGUCGCCGGCAUGGCGCCCGACCCCUUCCCCCUGGUGCUGCCCUUCGACUUCUUCGAGGAGUCCCCGCUAGGCCGGGCAGUCCGCUCGGCGGCUCGACAUGGCCCGCCGCCGCCCGACGCCCAGCCGAGAGAGGCCUUUCAGGAGGAGCUUCUCAAGUCCAGCAACAUCUACUCCGAGGGGGGCCCGUUCACCGUGCGGCCCUUCGCCCAGGACGAGGUCCCCCUCUUGCAGGGCGCGGCGGAGCCUCGGGAGGCGUUCGACCUUGUCCCCGAUCAUGUUCGACAAGUUUCGAUGGAUCCCGAGAGGGUCCGCGCCAACCACCCGCGGUUGCUCGCGUGGCUGCGGCGCCUCGCCGACAUGGGGAUCACGGUGGCCACUCGCCGAAAGAAGGCGACGGCGGGCCUGUUCUUCGUCGAGAGGAAGGGCGACCACCUCCGCAUGAUCGCGGACGGCCGGCAGCCCAACCUCCACGGGCUGCCCCCCCAGACCAACACGGCAUUGGCGGAGGCCCUCGCGUCGGCGCAGGUCGGGGCAGACCGGCGCCGGCGCUACUCGGUGAGCUCGGACGACGCCGCCCUGCAUGCCGCCACGGUCGACUUGAAGGACGGCUUCCACCAGAUCAAGAUCGCGCAUCUGUCCGCGCGGUUCGCGUUCGACGUGCCAGGCGUCCGCGCGGUGGACUUUGGUUGCCCCGACUACGCGCGGCCGGCCUACGGCGGGCAGGCGGUGGGCCGGCCCUGGGCUCUCUGGAUCCGCCACGAGACGCCGGCUCAUGCGAUGUGGUCCUCUGCGGGCCCCGGCGAUGUCACGGUGCUGGACAAGGCACCGGCGGCGCGCCUGGAGCGCGGCACGGCCAGGCUCGAGCGCGUGACUGCGGCCCUCGACCUGCUGGGGCUGAAGUGGCACGGGAGGCAGGGCGCGGGCGUCGAGUUGGAGAUCCCGGGCGUCACCGUCGACGGCGCGCCGGGCCUCGUUCGGUGGCGGACGGCUGCGGGCUGGCAGACGCGCGCUGUCCUGGGCCACCUGGUCUCCUGCUUCCAGCUGCUGGGGCCGGGGCUCUCCGCCAUCCGCGCCCAGCGCGACUUCGCCCAGCGGGACCUCGGGGAGAUCGGGGAGCUGCCGGCGGCCGCGCUGCACGAGCUGAGGGUGGCCAGGUCGUUUCUCUUCUUGGCCGCGGGCCGCUGGGGGUUGCCGCCCUGCCCCGUCGCGUUCGCGACGGAAGCUUCAAUGAGCGGCCGCGCGCCCCUGGAGACCGACGCGACGCCCGACGAGGCCCACGACCUUUGCCGAUGCCGAGAAGGAGCCCGCUUAAGCAAACGCGAGAAGUUCGUCGAACGAGAACGGGACGGCUUCAGGUGCCCCCUGGCGAUCGGCGACGCCGGCGAGGGCUUCUGGGACGGCCUACUCGAGCGGGCCAGGCCGCGCGACCGUGCGCCGGAGCGCUGUCGGGUCGAGGUCGACUCGGGGCGGCGGCCGCCGCCCCUGCCUGGCGACUUCGCGGACCGGAGGCGCCGGGAGUUGCCCGUGGCAGGGGCGUGCCGAGAUGCGAGCCGCAUGCGCGACUACGAGGCGCGUUGCGGGCUGAUGGGCCUGGCGCGGGCGGCCAGCUACCCCCCGUGCCAUGACGCGGAGCUCCUCUCCGCCGGGGGCGACAUGGGCUGCAACUGGGGUUGCUCCGGCCUGGCCAGGACUUGCGCGGGCCGCGAGGUCUCCCUUUACAAAAGCCUUGGGUUCACAGGGGGCCACAGCGUCAGAGCCCUGGGCGUCGGCGGGCACGAUUCGAAGAGCUACUCCCACGGCUUGCACGGCUACAGCUCCACGCUCCACCAGCCCAGCGAUUCCCGUGACCCGCUCGAGGCCUCGGUGCCCCACCAGAACCUUGACGGGGCGAUCCUCGCCGAGUUCUCUGGUCAAGGGGGUCAGAGGCCCCGGCGGGGCCGACGCUUCUUCCUGGAGGUCUUCUCGGGCGAGGGGUAUUUGACUGGGGCCACCCUGGAGACGGGGCUGCGGCGGGGGCCCCAAUGGACUUCAAGAAGGGCCUUCACUUCGAUAUCAACCGCGGACCCGAAGGUCCAGAAGGAAUGCCGGCGGACGGGGGCCCACUACAGCCUCGAGAACCCCCAGUGCUCGCGUCUUUGGAUUCGGAGACCCUUGGCGAGAGCGCUCAAGUCGGCAUCGGCGGCCCUCGUCGACCUGCGGCAGCGCCGCUUCGGGGCGCCGCUCGAGCAGCCGACGAGGAUAGUGGCCUCCCACCCGCUGUUUGCCACGCUGGGCCGCGAGCGCAGGCGUCGGCGGCGCUGCGAGGCGCUGCGGGGGAAGGCCUGCGUGAAGGGCCACUGGGGGCGGAAGACCAGCCCCGCGACCGCCUAUCCGCCGAGCCAGUGGGCCUAUGCCGGCGUCGCCCAGCCCCUGGCGCCCCCGGCGGCAGUGCGACCAGACGGGGAGGCGGAGCUCGAGCGCCGCUGGGAGCGACAGCCGGCGGCCGCAUGCGGCUGCGACGCCGUCGGG